AGUUCAGGUAUAUUUUGUAUACACAAUGAGCAAUGAUAAGGCUGAUUCAGGUAUAUCUAAUAUCUAUAUAGAUGUAAUACACAGACAGUGUUGAAUUUCCUGAUCAGCUUUGGUGUACUUCCAUGUGAGACAUAGUGAUGAAUACACCAGCUGUUACCAACAGCGAUAACCAGGAGGUUGCUGAGGUAGUGUACGUGUUGUACAUGUAUGCAGGGAGGAUGUGUGUGACUUUGCAGUCGUGUAUAAAAUCCAAGUUCAGAUGAUUUCCGUGAAAUAUCAUUGUAUACUCACUGUGUAUACCAAACUUUUGACGAAUGGCCAAACAUUGCCAGGGGAUGUUGUGCUUCACUCUGUGUUUUGUUCGUAAUUACUAUCUCUAGUUUGUGUAGCUGAGGAACCUGGUGCAGAUGUCUCAAGAUGGAAGUCGGUCUCCUUUAUUAUCAUACACACAAGUAAUUCAUUCUCCUGAGUAACAUUUCUGUGGAAUGAAGUAGAAAAUUGUGGAUUUGCCAAAUCUGGGAGGAGGACUGGCCUAGGCCAGUCUUCCAUAAAUAUGACAGGCAGGGCUGCUCUAAAACUUUAUAUUUACAAGAAGAACUUUGCAGUGAUGUCACAUGACCUUGAAGUUGAAGAUAUUGAUAUUACACACACAUCUAUGAGCAUUUCUAAGACCACUAGCCUCCUUUGUGCUGUCAGCCUUGGGUUUGGUAUAAGUACCUACAUAUUGUACCGACUGUAUUGUCGUUACAUACAACCAUUCUUCAGGAAACCGCCGGAUGGAAAGUCUGAGACAACUACUUCUAACAAAAGCACUGAGACAAACCAUGACGAGGAAGGGAGCGGUAUGGGUAACACCGGGUCCAAUGACGAGUCGCCUCCGAUCCGCUACAACGCUCGUGAGGACGUAGUAGUAGGUUUACCUGAACGCUCCCCUAACAUCCCAAUGUCUCCAACAAAACCGCGCCAGCGACGCCGCAAGCAACGCAAGACCAUCAAUGCUGACAAAGCAAGACCACGUCGUCCCCGCCCACGUGACGGUGUCAGUGUGAGUAGUGAUGAGGGGGACAACCAGCUAAACAUUUCCCAUGAUGCCUCUGAUUGGGAAACAGGAUCUCUGAAAGGGAACCUGAGUAUCAAGUCUCUGAGCGAAAGAAAUGUAAAAUAUGGCUUUGGAAAUGAAAAGCAUUGUGAAACAAACAGUGAACAGAAGAAAGUCACAGAUGACCCAACAGAGGUUGAAGUGAUGGUGGAUAAAGAGAAUGUUGAUGGGACCGUGCAACAAAGGGAGAUAACUGUCAGUGACCAUUCUGGACAUGGGGUUGUUGACUGUUCAGUUCUCCUCACUCCCCCCUCAGAAGAGGAAGCUUUAGCCUACGCAAACAUAACCAAUCUAAGGGGGUUAACUCACAGCACUACACCCACUAGUAGUACUGAAACUGACAGAUCUGUUUUGGAAAACUAUGUGUCCUUUGGUCCAUUGUCCUCAAGUGGGGCCAUGUCUGGUGUGAUGUCCUCAAGUGGGGCCAUGUCAAUAUCAGAUCAGGAUGAGGACAAAGAUGUGAGUGCUCCUAAUGCAAAUACGAAAAUACUCUCAAACACAGGGACCACAUACAACGACAACAACAAGUUACACAACCAGACAUUACAACAACAAAUGACAGGGACGCUAGACAAUGUCCCUCCACUUAUAGCCACUACAGACAACCACUCUCGCACCACAACAGAUGAGCUUAUCCACAACACUCCAGAAAAAAUUACUCGCACCUCAUCAUCGGGUGACGAUACCAGCAACUCAUCAUCCCCGUUUAAAUCAGCCAGUAGUCAUGUGCAUGGGCAGUCCAGCUCCUCAGGGAACAUGAGUGUAGACGAUGAGGGGACAACUGACAGCUUGUCGUCACUAAGCAACAGAAAGUUUGACAAAGGCUUCCAACAGUCAUUGCUGCACCGGCUCCAUGAGUAUUCAACAGGGGGAAGCAACUCUACAUCGUACGAGACAUCGCCUGACAUCUCACCAUACCACAGAGCAAGCAGUGGUGUGUCUAGUCGCCAGGGAAGUCUUUCUGACCUGGCAACCUCUGAUAGCGAAAUAUUCAAUAUGGAUGGUUCCAGCUCCUUGGCAGAGCAAGAGUUUUCUAAAAUUGAGGGAGAGAUUGGUCAUUUAGAUGAAGAGUUUGUGUCUUUGAAUACAAAAUUAGUGGAACUUAUGAGUAAGUCCGCUACAGCAAGUAGUGGAAAUUCAGCCAUUCUUCCAAGUUUAUGUGUUGAUAUUGAGUCAAACUCUAUUCCUGCUUCUCCAGUGCGCAAACAGAAUGAUGCCUUAUUGAGUAACAAAAAGCUAAAACAUUGUGUGUCGGGUAAUUCAAGUCAAUCCCACAGUGAUUCCUCCUUUAGCCCCCAGCACCUUCAGUCAGAUGGUGUUGAUCUGUCGUGGGAGUACUAUGACAUGGACCCUGAAAAUCUGCCUGGGGAUUCCCAAUUCAAGGAGGAAGCUGAACAUGAUUUAGGCAAUAUUGUUGUGCAAAAAGAAGAGAGCAGUGAUGGCAUCUCUGCAGCUGGUGAAGACAAUGGCCACACAACAUGUGACGACUUGGAGAUGGACUCGUGUAAUGAUGGUACAGGGGAAAACAACUAUCCCAAAAAUGACCAGUCUACCACUGGUUCUGUCCAGAUUGGGAAUAAGGUAAACAUCGUAGAUUAUGCUGAACGAGAAUGGAAGGGAGAAACAGACAAAGCCUCCACAAUCAAACAGGCCUACACAGAGGUAGUGAAGAUGAUCCCCUGUCAGAACCUGCAGCCGAUAAGAGGAGACAACUACUGUGGGAUUCGUGGCUGCGUGUUCCAGUGCCUAUCUAAUAUGCUCAGUCCCCGGUGUGCGUGGAGGUCACUAGAUCACACCCUUUCUCUCCUCCAUGCUACCUAUACUGAUCCUGCCUCUAGUCUCCAUUGCUGGACCUUUGCUAGUCGCCUCACCCCACAGGAGCCCCUGUCACAGAUGCAAGCCUGCCUCACCUACCUGUUCUCCAAGUUUGAGGAUGCGGAGCAGAUGUCAGCCUAUGAGGAGCGACGUCUGUGGGCCACAUCCUUGUUGAACUCUGACCCUGCUGGUGAUGUGAUGCUGAUGGAAGGUGUGAAGCUGUUGAUGCUGUUAGAGGCUGUGCGCCUAUACAACAGGAGUCAAACUGGAGCCGAUGUCCCCCUGUUUGUCUGGCUUAUGUUCGCACGUGAUACAUCAGACACUCCUGCCAAAUUUGUCACUAAUCACCUCAACUGUGUGGGAGACACGGCCGGACUUGAACAGGUGGAGAUGUUCCUGCUAGGACAUGUGCUGGGAGUCAGUAUACAGGUGUUCCGUCUCAGUCAGUUUGGACAGGAUGACUUUGUGACCUUCUACCCAGACAACCAGCAGGAACAAUGGCCAGUGAUAAGUCUGCUGGCAGAGGAUGAUCGCCACUACAAUGUAGCUGUACCCUAAGGGACCCAAUGCAAUUCUUACUGUACCCUAGGGGUGCUACUGCAGUGUAAUGAAACCUAUGGGAACUACUCAGUGUACAUGUACCUAGAGUAACCACUCGGGAACCACUACAAUGUACCUGUAACCCUGGGAUGCCACUACCUAGGGUAACCAAUACAAUGUAACUUUAUUUAGGGUUGCCACUACAACAAUUUACAUGUGCUCCAGGGGAGCUACUACAGUGUACAGGUGACCUUGGGAUACCAGUACAGUAUAUCCGGUACUUGUAAUCUAAGGGAACCACUACAAUGUACUUGUAACCUUGGGCGACCAUUAUAACAUACUCUUAACCUGCAACCACUAUAAUGUACUUGUAAAUUAGGUGAAGCCCUAGAGAAACCAUUAAAAUGUACAGGUGCCCUAGGAGAACCACUACAAUGUACAUGUAACCAAGGGGAACCAGUACAAUUUACAGGUAAUCGAGGGGAACCAUAACAAUGUAGGGUAACCUAGGGGAACUAUUACAAUGUAGGGGAACCUAGGGGAACCAUAACAAUGUACAGUUAAUCUAGGGGAACCAUAACAAUGUAAAAUAACCUAGGGGAACCGUAACGAUGGACAGGUAACCUAGGGGAACCAUAACAAUAUAGGGUAACCUAGGGGCACCAUAACAAUAUAGGGUAACCUAGGGGAACCAU